AGGACGCGGAGGAGCCGCGCUCGGAGCCGGGCGCGGCGCGGGUGGAGCCGGGCGAAGGGCGGGGGUGUCCGCGCAGACGGGGUUGAUGUUUAACCUGGAGCGCCCGUUCACGGAGAGGGGACACUUCUUCUCCUCCAUGGAGUACCAGCGGCAGCUGGAGGAGGAGGAGGGCUACCCCCCUCCCGGCACCAAUGGGACUUUCAACGACAGCGGGGCCGGGCCGGGCUGGGGCACGCCGUACCCUCUGCACACCACCAUCGCUCUCAUCAGCCUGGCCGGCUUGCUCAUGCUCUUCACCGUCUUUGGCAACGUCCUGGUCAUCAUCGCUGUCUUCACCAGCCGGGCGCUCAAAGCCCCCCAGAACCUCUUCCUGGUCUCCUUAGCCUCAGCUGACAUCCUGGUGGCCACUCUGGUCAUCCCCUUCUCGCUGGCAAAUGAGGUGAUGGGGUACUGGUACUUCGGUAAAGUCUGGUGUGAGAUCUACCUGGCCUUGGAUGUGCUGUUCUGCACCUCCUCCAUUGUGCACCUCUGUGCCAUCAGCCUGGACCGUUACUGGUCCAUCACACAAGCCAUCGAGUACAACCUCAAGCGAACCCCGCGACGCAUCAAAUGCAUCAUCUUCAUCGUCUGGGUCAUCUCAGCUGUCAUCUCCUUCCCACCACUCAUCUCCAUCGAGAAGAAGAGCGGGCAGCAGGCUGACCAGGGGGUGGCAGAGUGCAAGAUCAACGAUGAGAAGUGGUACAUCAUCUCUUCUAGCAUCGGCUCCUUCUUUGCCCCGUGCCUCAUCAUGAUCCUGGUCUACAUGCGCAUCUACCAGAUAGCCAAGAGGAGAACAAGGGUCCCGCCGAACAAGCGGGCAGAGCGCCCCGAGAAGAAGCAGAAUGGCUUGACUGACAAGGAGGACCUGCCAGCCACAGCACAGCUCAACGGGGAGAAGGCAGCAGGAGGCAGUGGUGGGCAAGAGGGAGAGGUCAAUGGCAUAGACAUGGAGGAGACCUCUUCCUCCGAGCACCAGGAGAACAACCAGUGCAAGAAGUCAGAGAGACCAUCGAGAGGAAAGACCAAGACUAAGCUGAGCCAAAUUAAGCCCGGGGACAGUUUGCCCAGGAAGACAGAGGAGGAGAGGAACACCAAAGGGUCCCGCUGGAGAGGCAGGCAGAACCGGGAGAAGCGCUUCACCUUUGUGCUUGCAGUGGUGAUCGGGGUCUUUGUCAUCUGCUGGUUCCCCUUCUUCUUCACCUACACGCUGACGGCCGUCUGCGAGAGCUGCUCCGUGCCCGACACCCUCUUCAAGUUCUUCUUCUGGUUCGGUUACUGCAAUAGCUCCUUGAACCCUGUCAUCUAUACCAUUUUCAACCAUGACUUCAGACGGGCCUUCAAAAGGAUCCUCUGCAGGAUAGAGAGGAAAAGGAGUGUUUGAAGGACCCUGUGCUACCGGCAGGACUAAUCAAGACUUUGUAGGAGUGUAAAGAAGUGAGUCUCUCUCGGGCUGUGCUUGCGUGGGAUGGUUUCCUUCAGCUCAUGAGCAGGAAGCAUUUAAAACCUGAGAUGAGCCUGUGGGAGCACUGGGCAGCAGCAGAGAAGAGCAGCAGGCAAGUGGAGGUCUGAGCUGUGGCAUUUGGCUUGCCAGGGGAGGAUGGCCUUUGACUUGCUUGGUUUAUUUUGUUAGGGUUGGUUUUUUUUUUUUUCUUUCUCCUUUUGCCAGAAUCUCUCAGUGGAUGUUCUCAUGACUGCUCAGUUUGACUCUUUAAAGGCAAACGUCGUGCAGCUCUGCGAGAUGAACAAAGAGUAUGCCACACCAGAGGUGUUGGUUUUUUUAUUUUGUUGUGUCUUUUUCCCCCCCUGUUGUAUAUGUAAUGAAUUUUGACCCCCUUGUAAAAUACAGUAUUGUAUUCUUGAAUUUGAAUGCUUAAUUUUUGUAAGGCAAGCAGCUUUAAAACUGUGAAUGCUUUAAUUAUCUUUGAUACCUUAAAAGUCUUUCUUUUCCUACCCCCUUCAAAGCCCUUCACUCAAAACCACUGAACAACUAGAGCCAUCCCCCUACCUGACAGUCUGAUGAUAUUACCAAAAUUCCCAAAUUCCUGUAAUUUUUUUUUUUUUUUUGGCUGUUAAGCUUAUGAUCACAGACCUCACCAGACUGGCUAUUUUUGUUGCUGCUUUUUUUUAUGUCAUACCUGUGUCUGUUUAAUUUCUGUGUUGCCUGUGACACAACACAGCUGAGAUGGCAAUUGCCAUCUCGUUACUCAUGAGAGCAGAGCCCGACCGAGUGGUGGCUUUGCUGUGCAGGCAGGGAUGUCCCAGGCAACAGAGACUGUCUCCCUUGCAACGUGAGCCUUGGGACCCUGCCAAGCUCCCCACGAGUUAAUCUCGUUUGAUAUUACACCACUCUGCAGCACUGAAAUGUGUUCGAUGCUCACUCGCUUCCUCCACCUCAACUGUAAAUAGGUAACGUUUCAAAGCAAACAGCAGGGCUCUGCAUAUCAUGUUAUCUCAUCUGUGCUGGUUUGUGAUCAUUUAACUUCUGCAGGAUUUCCUGCAGAGAGGAAGGGGUUUGUGCACAGUGGCCAUUCGUCUUUCUCAAGUAAGAAAGAGUUCAGUUUUUAGCCUGCCAGUCUCAUCUUUCCUAGGAAAUAGGGAAGCAUCCCUCUUUCAGUCUUGUAUAAGGCAAAACUCUGA